AUGCGCCCACCCCAAAACUGCAAACGCCUUUUAACGAGCUUAGUAACAAAACAGAAUAUGACGUCUGCACACACAGCCUAUGUGCAGCUGCGAUUUGCAUGCGACCGGUUGUCAAGUCUUGUCGAUUUGGCCGUCAAUUUUGGUGAUUAUUCAAGAAUAAUCCUCAUUCUCUCUCUCUCUCUCUCUCUCUCUCUCUCUCCCUCCCUCCCUCCCUAUAUUAUGUUCUGUUUUGCCUUCGCCUCAUCCUCCUGCGUCUCUUUCCCUUUUAUCUUUAUCCUUUCCUUACAUAAAUUGUGUUGCUGUUUUCUUGAGGUUUGCGUCUCUAUGUUUACCGAUUUCAUUCUCUCUUCUUCUCUUUCUCGAGCUGUUCCCCAUUUCCUUUCUUCUAACAAUAUGGCUGGCCUUCCAUCAUCAUAUCGGUUUUUCACUGUCUUUUUGAAAUCUGUUAAUUUCUUCUUUAUUUUAACCUAUUCUUUUCACAUAUUUACUUACGAUUUUCUUUACUUCUCUCUAUUUUUUUCAUUUACUCUAUCUCCUGUGAUUUUUAUUUGUCUUCUUUUGCUCUUAAUAUAUUCUUUCUUUUUUUAUUUCAUAUACUUUUCUCGAUUUUUCUUCUUCAUCUUUCAGUUCUUCCUUUAUUUUCUAAGUUAUUUCCUCUUUUUCUUCCAUCUUUUAUUCUUUCGUUUUCCUUCUAGAUUUUUCUUCACACAGUUUUUACUUCCGCUUUUGCGUUUCUUUCCGUUUUUCCUUUUCUCUAUGAUUUCAUUCUUUUAUUACUUCUGUUUUCUUUUCUUUUCUUUAUCCUCUUCUAUUGGAAUCCUCUUCUUUUCAUUUAAUUUUCUUUUUUUGUUAUUUCCUACUUUUAUUUACCUUUUCCUUUCAUGUUUUCUUUUUGAGAUUUUUAGUUCAAAUGUUGUCAUUCAUUAUACAUUUACAAUAUUCGUUACGUCUUUUUAUUUAUGUAUAGUUUUUCUGUCUCUAUCCUCUCUCUCUACUCUCUCUCUCUCUACUCUCUCUCUCUCUACUCUCUCUCUCUCUACUCUCUCUCUCUACUCUCUCUCGCACACUCUCGAACAUUCUUACAUUGUUUUCCCUUUCUUCUUUUAUCUUUCUUUCUCUAGUUUUCAGCAUGUAUAA